GUUAUGCAGCGUCGCAUGGAUGGCUCGGAGAACUUUUACAGAAACUGGACUGAUUAUAAAAGAGGAUUUGGCGACCCGAGGAAAGAUUUUUGGAUCGGAAACGACAACAUCCACCGCAUAACGUCCAACCAAAAGUACAAAGUUUUGUUCGUGUUGGAGGAUUUCGAAGGGAAGGUGGCAUGUGCAGCUUAUGAUUCAUUCAGUGUUGGCUCGCCCAGUACUUAUUAUACGAUGAGUAUUGGAAUAUACAGUGGAACCGCAGGUAGUGACUCAAUGUUUAAUUGCAACGGCCUGCCUUUCUCAACCUACGAUGCUGAUCAUGAUUUGCUCACAUCGAAUUGUGCUGUUAGUUUUCAAGGGGCUUGGUGGUACGACGACUGCUUCUGGGCCUGCCUCAAUGGCUUGUACCUCCAUGGAGCCAACACUGCAAACUCAAAGGGUGUCAAUUGGUACGAUUUUCGUGGUUUCACGUAUUCUCUCAGAUUCACUGAGAUAAGAAUUCAGUUGAUUUGA